UUUGCUCUGAAGGUGGUGCAGUGGUCGGAGUCGGAGACGGUACGACUUCAGCUCUGGGACAUUGCAGGUCAGGAACGUUUCACCUCCAUGACCCGGCUCUACUACCGGGAGGCGUCCGCCUGCGUGAUCAUGUUCGACGUCACCAACAUCAGCACGUUCAGCAACAGCCAGAAGUGGAAGCAGGAUUUGGACAGCAAGCUCCUGCUGCCCGACGGGAGCCCCGUGCCCUGCCUGCUGCUGGCUAACAAGUGUGACCUUUCCCCGUGGGCAGUGAGCAGAGAAGAAGUGUUCAGCAAAGAGAAUGGCUUUUCUGGCUGGGUGGAGACAUCUGUCAAGGAAAACAAGAAUAUUAACGAGUCCAUGAGAGUCCUGAUUGAAAAGAUGAUGUCCUCAUCCACUGGGGAUGGAAGUUCCUCUGCUUCUGGGAGUGGGGAUUAUAUUAACAUAAAAGAGACAGCCUCACCAGGCUGGUCCUGCUGUUAG